UUUUUGACGUUUGCUCUAAUGUUUAAUGUUGUUAACUUGUUCAUCAUUAUCUUAUUUUCAAAAUUAUCUGAUACGCACCUACCUGAUCUUCAUUUGAAAUUAAAUGUGUAAAUUCUAAUUGUUGGCGGUAUUAAGAGGUACGGCACGAAGUGAGCUACAUCUGCUGUUGAAGUAAAACCGUGUGGAUCCACACUGGCAAACAGUUCAGUUGUCGGCGUUUACCUACAUCGGUGCUGUGUCUGACCGAGUGCGCGACUUCGCUGAUAAACGGCUACUACACGAGUACCUACACUUGCUGUAACAAUUUAUUAAAAAAAGUUGGCAUGGACCAGAGCUUGCUGAAAGAUGAUGCUUUCUUAUCCCCUUACCAAGAUACUACAGUGCCAAUUAAAAAACGUAGUUUUAAUCUGGAUCAGAUUACGAAGAAGUUAGAAAAUUACUAUGAUUAUUCUAACUAUAGCACACAUAACAAGUUUUUGCAAGUAUCGUUUGAAGAUCGAGGCAAGCAGCCAGAGAAGAUGCCCAUGAACGCUGAAGAGACCGCCCUCCUCAGUAUGGAUGACAUCGAGCUGAAGAACAUCCAGCUCCAAUUCCCGAAUGCUCGCCGGUUCAGCGGUGAGGCAGCGUGCACCGAGGUGCGCGUGCGCACGGACCGCGGCGACAUCGUCGUCGCCGUGCAGGGCUACCGCUCCAAACCCGCCAUCAUCACCUACCAUGAUCUUGGACUUAACCAUGUCUGCUUCCAACCGUUCUUCAACUACGUGGACAUGAGGACCCUUCUCGAGAACUUCUGCGUGUACCACGUGAACGCCCCGGGCCAAGAGGACGGCGCCCCGAGCCUACCUGAGGACUACGUUUACCCUACUAUGGAUGAGCUGGCUAACCAGCUGAACUACGUGGUGGGCCACUUCGGGAUCCGCUCCUUCAUCGGCUUCGGCGUCGGCGCCGGCGCCAACAUCCUCGCGAGAUUCGCUCUCGUUCAUCCGCAAAAGGUGGAUGCUCUGGUCCUCAUCAACUGCAGCUCGAGCCAGGCCGGGUGGAUCGAGUGGGCUUACCAGAAGCUGAACGCUCGCACUCUGAGGAACCGGGGCCUGACCCAGGGGGUGCUUGAUUACCUGAUGUGGCACCACUUUGGACGGUACCCCGAGGAACGUAGCCACGACCUGACGCAGGUGUACCGCAUGCACUUCUCCCGCAACGUGAACCCCACCAACCUGGCGAUGUUCAUCGAGGCCUACGUGCGCCGCUCGGACCUGUCCAUCACUCGGGACAGCGAGACCCUGAAGGUGCCGGUGCUCAACAUCACCGGGGCUCUGUCGCCGCACGUUGACGACACCGUCACCUUCAACGGCCGUCUCAACCCGAACAACUCUACUUGGAUGAAGAUCUCCGACUCGGCCAUGGUGCUGGAGGAGCAGCCGGCCAAGAUCUCCGAGGCCUUCCGCCUCUUCUUGCAGGGGGAGGGCUACGCUGUGUUAGCACUGCAAAAACUUUCCAGCCGCCGUAAUUCCGUUUGUCUACGAGAGAACUCCUAAGCUGUUAGAUAUCACCAGCUUUUAGACAAAUGGCCCCGCUGUCCCCGACCAAGAUGUCGGGCUGCCGGGCGGAGGGCGCGCGCCGCCGCCCCUGCCGCCACUCGCCCGUCAUCCGCAUCACCGAGAACCCCAUCUCUGAGGCCCUGGUCUGCUAAACACCCACCACACAAGCUCGAAACUCACCAAACUAUAUAAAACGGGUUCUUCUUCUCAUACCUAUGACACCCCAAGGUAUCUUUGUACGCGUCAGGGGCGCCGUCUACUCUCGCCUGGUUUCUACAUUUUUAUAUCUUAAAGGCUCGUGGUGAGCUCGAGCAAGUCGACAACAUCUAGCUAAGUUCCUCACAACUUGUGAGUCGCACUGUUGAGGUUAUAUCAUUAUAUAAUUUAAGAAAACUUUAUUAGAACCCCACUGAUAUUAGACAUAUAUGAGCCACUAUCGAGCGUUUAUAUCAUUCAGUUAGGCUAAUGUACACGUAUGUAUAUUAUACGUAUCUAUUUAUUUACGCGACUGUGUAAGGGAGUUAGUUAGCAUGGUUAAUUUGUAAUAUAGUAAUAAAUUGAGACACGAGGGGCAGCAGUGCGAGCAGUGCCGCGGCCGGGCCUCGCGCGGCCCGAGUGACGUCACCAGCUGGCUCUGGCUCGCAGACACCGGCCGCGGCACCGCGCGCACGCCAUACGUCGCUGGGUGCUAUGCUAAGACCAAGAUACUUUUCGAAGUUGAACUAAAUUGAUGAAAGUCGUUUUGGAAGGAUUUUCGCUUCUUUAUAAUACUUACACAGAAUGAUUAACUAUUUAUUUAUAUAAUUUCUAAGGCAUGUAAUUGUAAGUUGUGAUUAAUUUAUUGAAUUGUGAUACGUUUUUUAAUAUUAUUUCUGUUGUUUUAUCAGUAUUAAUGUUAUAUAAGUUACAAUUAUUUUAUAACUGAUAAGUAGGUAUCUAUGUCACCGCUUUUAGUAGUCGACCUUAAUGUAAUUAGAGAACAAUAAAGUUAUAACAUUCGUGCAACGGCUUAUUAAGGAUUUUACUUUAUACUUGAUUAUAUAUAAGUAUAACAUAACUGUAAUUUACGAAUAUACUAUAGAUGAAUUUGUGCUUAGAUUUAGCCGGUGGAAGGGAGCAUUAUGCGGCGGGGGUUAUCCUGGCGUGAUAUAUAAUAUGGGACAAGCGCGUGUUUACAGUCUUCGAAUUUAUCGUUAUAUCGUAUCGCGUACGCACAGGUAACUCCCAGCCGGUAGAUAUUUAACGAAUGUUUUGGGCGGCUGCUUCUAAUGGAAGACUAAGGUGGCCGAGACUCGAGAUGCAUGUUUGAAUGUUUGUAUCAUGGAUGGUGAACAUCUGGCGUUAUGUUGAAUACUGGACUAGAACGGCCACACUUUAUAUAUUUGAAUCAGUGUUUACGAUAUUAAUGGAUUUCUCUUAAUAGUUAGAACUUUAUCAGUAGGAGUGUCAGUAGAUCUGUUUCCGUCGUCGCGGGUGUGAGACACGCAGUACACGCGGCCACCACACUCGGCUCGCCUCUAUGCUUUGUAGACGUACAAUCAAUCAAUCAAUUAGUUUAUAGAUAUCAAUGUUUGAUAAAUUGUUUUCAAUCAAGUGUAGAUGUUCAAUAGAUCAAUUAUGUUUACCGCGAAAUUUGUGUGAAUUUAAUAUGGGUCUAUUAAAAGUGUUUUAUAAAGG